UUGGUACAGCACAGUGCAGGAGCGCUCAGUUGAUCUGGCGCAGCUGUGCGCACUCCAGCCGACGCAAACUGGCGCGCCGGACAGCGCAGCCGCAGCAGAACAGGCGCCGACAGACACAGCAGCAGCCAUGGCAGACGAAAAACCCAAGGAGGGAGUGAAGACAGAGAACAAUGAGCACAUCAACCUGAAGGUGGCAGGGCAGGAUGGCUCAGUGGUGCAAUUCAAGAUCAAAAGGCACACUCCUCUCAGCAAACUGAUGAAAGCUUAUUGCGAACGGCAGGGGCUGACAAUGAGGCAAAUACGAUUUCGAUUUGACGGUCAGCCCAUCAAUGAAACAGACACACCCUCACAGCUAGAAAUGGAGGAUGAAGAUACGAUUGACGUGUUCCAACAGCAAACCGGAGGCUCUUCUCUUUAAAGACUGUUUCCUACGAACAUCCCUACCUCCCCUUUUCAUCCCAACAUGUCCAGUCUUCAGAUGCUCAUGACCAGUGUUGAUACCAUCCAGUGGAAUACUUUUGCAAAAUGCUCAAAGGCAGCAGCACAGUUGGUGUAGAUAGAUUUGAUCACACUGUCAUACGUAUGUUAACAUGUUUGAACUGUGCUGUGUAGACAGAUGUUCUGUUUUCCCUGUAAGUUUUGAAAGAAAACUCCUUGGUCCUCCUUUUUUUUUUUGGUCUUUUUUUUUAUAUACCUUGUCAUUGAGGUUUUGAUUCAGAUGGAAUUUUGUUAUUGUUGUCAAGUAAGCCUGCGUUUUAAAUUCACAUCUGAUGUUAUGAAAAUGUAUUAUUGGAAUAAAUUGAGUCUUUUUUUUAAA